AUGGGAAUGGGGACGAAGCUUCCGGGGAAUAUGAUCGUCUCCAUGCAGGAAAUUUUUCGAGAUGAUGAGCAUAAAGUGGCCCUAUAUGCUUUGAACGACUCCUGUGGACCUCAAGAUGGUUUCGGUCGGGUCCUGCUCCUGAUAGGAGCUAGUGGAUCAGGAAAGAGUACGAUGGUGAAGUGGCUCGUGAAUUUCCUGCUAGGGGUGAAAUGGAACGAUGGUAGUCGAUACGAGAUGGACAUGACAUCCACACUAAGCGGGGAAAGUUUUAGUUCUAGAGACUAUUCAAGUAAAACACAAUGGGUCACUGGAUACACGAUCAAGAGUCCAGAGUACGGGAUCUUCACUAUCGUGGAUACACCUGGUUUUAUGUAUAUGGAAGGCAAAGAUUCCUACGCCAUACCCCAGCAUAUUUGGACCUUUUUCAAGGUCACCGGUAUGAAAGAGUUAUGUGGAGUCGGGUUCGUCGUCCCGGCUGCCACGAAGUGGCUAACCACUGCUGAAAAAUCCACCCUUCGUUCCUGCCUGAAGAUGUUCGGGAAUGAUGUCACCGGUAACUUCUACGUCAUCUUCACCUUCUCGGAUUGCAAUGAACCGCUGGCCUUAGAGGCCUUCAAAGCUGCUAAAAUCGCAUACAAAGAAUAUUACCAGGUGAACAAUUCUGCUGUGUAUUCGCUGUAUAAAAGCAAAAAGUACAGCAGCUUCGCCAAACUCGAUUGGGACAUGGGAGCGCGAGGAUUCCGAAAAUUAUGCAUCAGCCUCUCUGCAAUUAAACCCUUCAGUCUGGCAUUAAUGAUUCGAGUCAUGCCGGAACAAGAUGCCAUUGACGACAAAUGUCGAGAAAUGACGAAAGUCGCCGAACUCAAGCUUAAACUUGAAAAUAAUUUGCUUUGGCUGAAGAGGUUAAAGGGGCGUAGGAGUUCACAUGUGAAAGUACAAGGAAAUCUCCGCGAGGCCAGGGUCACAUUGACGAUAAUUUUGAAGGAUUUGAACGAUACAUUACUUAGCAUCAGCGAGAGCAGCAUGAAACCCUCUGUCAUGAACGUGGCAGAUUACAUCCAGCUGCUUAUUGAGGCAGAAUUGCAAGGAAAACGACCUGGCAAGAAAGAGAGGCUUCAGGUCCUAAAAGAGGCACAAAGACAAGCCGAGGUCAUAUGCCGAACGCAUCCAAAGAAAAUGCAUUCGACCCCCGUCUCCUAUUCGACCCCCGUCUCCUAUGAGUUGAGAUGGGAAACUCCAGAGGAGGAGCAGCCGGAAGGCAAGGUGAAUUGCGAGAAAUAA